AUGGGCAACAUCUUCCAUCUCAUCCUUCUCUCACGAGGAUUCCUCAUGCUGUCUGCAUGUGUUCCUCAUCAGUAUCACUUUGUGAAUGAGUUAAAGACCUGGACUGAAGCACAGACAUACUGCAGAGAGCACUACACUGACCUGGCCACUAUUGACAACCAAGAGGACAUAACUGAGCUGGUGAACACAGUGAGUGACAAUGCUGAUCAUGUUUGGAUUGGACUGGAGAAGAGUGGUGAUAUGAAAUGGCAGUGGUCUCUGGGAGAUACAACAUUCUACAGAGAGGGAGAGAUGGAGUUUAGGAACUGGGCUGUUGACCAACCAGACAACACUACUUACUGUGUAGCCAUGAAAAAUGGUAAAUGGCAUAAUUAUAACUGUGAGGAAGUCCACUCCUUCAUAUGCUAUGAUGGUAAGCACAUGUCAUUUUUAAGAAAGAAGUGGAGAGAAGCUCAGAGCUACUGCAGACAGCAUCACACAGACCUGGUCAGUGUGAGGAACCAGACUGAGAACCAGGACAUACACAGGAUCAUGGAGGACGCCAGUGUAGACGCAGCCUGGAUCGGCCUGUUCAGAGACUCCUGGAAGUGGUCAGAUCAGAGUGACUCCUCAUUCAGAUACUGGAGACCAGGAGUACCUGAUAAUUUUGGAGGGAAUGAGAACUGUGCUGUAGUUUGGAUUAAGAGUGAUGUUGGACAAUGGGGUGACUGGCAGUGUAAUGGUAAAACCCAGUUUGUUUGCUAUGAGGAUAAACUGGUCGUGAUCAAUGAGGCUCUGACCUGGAGAGAUGCUCGUCGAUACUGCAAGGAGAAUCACGUGGACCUGGUCUCAGUUCACUCAGAGAAGAUUCAGAAGAAGGUGAUGGAGGUGGUUGAAAAGGCCUCCACUGCUCAUGUGUGGCUGGGCUUACGUCAUUCCUGCACUAUGCGCCUCUGGUUUUGGGUGAGUGGAGAGGAUGUCUGCUACCAAAACUGGGCCCCAGGAAAUGGAACUGGGGUAGAGGACUGUGAGCAAGUGCUAAGAACCGGAGCAGUGGAGUCUGGAGGGGUCAAAGAGUGGGUCAGCCUGCCUGAGACUGAGAGACUCAACUUUAUCUGCAGUAACUAUGAGGUCAUUGUGUAG